AUAAAAAAUGAAUAAGAAGUAAAGAAAACAAAAGUGAAAGUAACCUCAUCUGAAGCCGAGCCUGGAAACUAAAUGUAUAAAUGCAUGUCUAUAAGAAAUCUUCAAAAUAGUUACAGAAUAACGUCACUGUAUCUGUUACAAUUAUAACGUUACAACUAUUAGGAGAAGUGGGUUGUGCUAUUGGUCUCUUCACCUCCAAGACGUGUAAAUAGCACAAGCUUCACUCCACAAGCUCCAGAAGCAUCACUACUAGCCAACGUCUGAACACAGCAGAAAAAUCAUUAGUCUACCUUAUAAAGGGUAGGAAUUCUGGAAUGAGCUACUGUAUGUUAUAGGAAAAAAAUAUUUACUGUACAAAUCUGCAUUAUACAGUAAACCAGAUUUCAGCAAUGGAUGGAUUCUGGACACUCAAGAUCUUCAUUCUAGUUUCACUAUUAGGCGGAGUGUGUCACGGCUGGACAGCGACGUAUGCCGAAGGACCAGUCAAAGCCAUCAAGGGAAGCUGUGCGUUGGUGUCGUGCAGCACUGUCCCUUAUAGUAAAGUUGAAUGGUACUAUUAUAAAACAAGAGGAUACCCGGUUGUGUACGCCAAUGACCGCAGUACGAUACUGGAGCAGUUUAGAGGAAGGACAUCAGUCCCAGGAAAUUCCCGAUCUGGAGACUGCACUUUAAGGAUUGACAACGUCCGAAAAGAUGAUGGCGAGGUGGACUUGUACGCAUGGAUCUGGAAAAAUGAUGGGGAUAACAGUGGGUUUUAUGACCGAACAAUCAAAAUAGUUGUUGAGGAACCUGAAAGACCAAGAAUGGCUAUACAAAAUGAACAGGUAGCGGGAAGGUCUUUCACUGCAACAUGCACAUUCCGCCAUUCCUGCCGUCCAUCUCCACCAUCGAUUGAAUGGCUGGGUUUGAGUUCCAUUUCUAAUACAUUAUCCCACGUGGAUAAAGGGUCAGGAAUAAUGGAAACUAUGUCCACUGCUACGUUCAGAGUAACUCAACAAGAUCAGGGUAAAAGUCUCAGCUGCAGGAGUGCUCUCAGUGGACAGUCUUUUUCAAGUUAUUCGGUUUUGCUCGACGUCAAAUAUGCCCCCACUGAUGUGAAAAUCGAAUACCCAGGAAGCAGCACUGUGGUUGAGGGUAAACAGAUCACCCUUAGAUGUGCCAGCAAAAGCAAACCUGCAGCCACAAAAUACGAGUGGGUUGUCACCCAUAACAGCAUCACCAACCGCUACACCGUACAAACCCUGACCCUUCCAAAUGUGAGGAGAGACACAUUCGUUACCUGCAGCGCCACUAACGCCUUCGGACAGGGCACAUCAAUACAGCAAACGCUCGAUGUCCACUAUGCCCCAGUGGAUGUGAGAGUAGAUUACACUGGCAGCAACACUGUGGUUGAGGGUAACACGAUCAAACUUAGAUGUUCCUCCAAGGGCAGGCCUGCCCCCACACACUAUGAGUGGCUCGUCACCCAUAACAACACCACAGUCCGCCACACAAGAGAUACUGUAGUUCUUCAAAACGUCAGGAGAGACACGUCCGUUUCCUGCGUCGCCAUUAACACUAUUGGACGGGGCACAUCACAGCAGCUAUUACUCGAUGUCCACUAUGCCCCAGUGGAUGUGAGAGUAGAUUACACUGGCAGCAACACUGUGGUUGAGGGUAACACGAUCAAACUUAGAUGUUCCUCCAAGGGCAGGCCUGCCCCCACACACUAUGAGUGGCUCGUCACCCAUAACAACACCACAGUCCGCCACACAAGAGAUACUGUAGUUCUUCAAAACGUCAGGAGAGACACGUCCGUUUCCUGCGUCGCCAUUAACACUAUUGGACGGGGCACAUCACAGCAGCUAUUACUCGAUGUCCACUAUGCCCCAGUGAAUGUGAGAGUAUUUUACACUGAAAGCAACACUGUGGUUGAGGGUAACACGAUCAAACUUAGAUGUUCCUCCAAGGGCAGGCCUGCCCCCACACACUAUGAGUGGCUCGUCACCCAUAACAACACCACAAUCCGCCACACAACAGAUACUGUAGUUCUUCAAAAUGUCAGGAGAGACACGUCCGUUUCCUGCAUCGCCAUUAACACUAUUGGACGGGGCACAUCACAGCAGCUAUUACUCGAUGUCCACUAUGCCCCAGUGGAUGUGAGAGUAGUUUACACUGAAAGCAACACUGUGGUUGAGGGUAACACGAUCAAACUUAGAUGUUCCUCCAAGGGCAGGCCUGCCCCUACACACUAUGAGUGGCUUGUCACCUAUAACAACACUACAAUCCGCCACACAACAGAUACUGUAGUUCUUCAAAACGUCAGGAGAGACACGUCCAUUUCCUGCGUCGGAAUUAACACCCUCGGAAGGAGUGAAUCAAAGCAGCUAUCGCUCAAUGUCUAUUAUGCUCCGAUCAUCUUGCCGAGCUCGUUUUGCUCCAAACAGGAUGGAAUCCUAAAAUGCCUGUGUCAAGCUAAGUCCAAGCCAAGUGCUGUCAUCUCCUGGGCUGUAGAUGGCAGUAUUGCACAUUUUCCACCCUUCAACAUUACGACCAAGAGCAAUGAAAGUUUUACAAUGUCACAGUUGACUGGACUUCAGGGCAGCAACAUCAACUGUACUGCAAAAAACAGUGUGGGCACCAUCUUCAACGAGAUACCUGUCCAACAUGAAGGAAAAGGUUCCAUUCUGAUAGUGGCUGGGGCAGUGGGGGGAUGCCUCGCCUUAAUACUUCUUGUGACAGUGAUUGUGGUUUGUAAAAAGAGACGCCGUGCCAAAGCAAAUGAAGACCUCAGCACCAUCCAGAAUGUGACACCGAAUGCAGUGUGCCAUGAGUACAACGUAGAGUUAGAUGAAAGCCUGUAUGCUAAUGAAAGCCUGUAUGCUAAUACAGACCAGGUUUCACCGACUAAUGAAAAACAGGACAGGGAAUUUUGCAUCUACGAGAAUUAUGAUAAAAGUUAAAUCGUGAGGAAUCAAGAUGGCGACGCAUCGCACCUGAGAACGGCUUUCUUCGCUGAUGGAGUUCAAAUUUCUGAACUGAGCAUUAAAUACAUUUAUAUUCACAACGUCCAAAAUGCAAACUUCUAUAUGACAAGCACCAGCUUUAUUUAUUACUAUUAUUAUUUACUCAAUUAAGAGGCUUUAUUUUAUUAAUUACGUAUAUACGUUUAAGUACUGUAUGUAUUUUCUUAUAUCUAUUUUUGUACUCUUUUGCACAUUUUUUUUAAUGAACAUUGUCUCCUUUUGGAUUGAAUUAAAACUUCAUUAUAAGAUCCCACAAGA